CAAUGCCAAAUGCACUAUUUGGAAUAGGAAGUUGCGAGCGCGUGAUGCAUGACAGUGUUUUGCAAGAUAAUGUUCGCCACAGGAUUCAUAACUGACAGCAUUUAAGCCUGAAGUUUACUGUAUAUGUUGGCGUGAAAACUUGUUUUGUAGAUUUGUGGAUUAGCUAGGGGACAUUCCACUGCCUUAGCCCAACCCACCACCAGUUUUUAAGGUAAACGGAUCACCACUAAUUAUGAUCUGUUCGGUUGCAGUUCGGGAGACAGCUUGUGAUUUGUCAGCUUUGGCCCUGCCCACUGGCCUGUGAAACAAGGAAGUUGUGUUUUUUUCCCUUGGCUGAGACUCUGAAGUUCCCCGAAGGACGAGGAGGAUCCUUGUUGUUGAGACAGGCGUUAUUGCUCUGGAGUGUUGACGCUGUCGAUUCUAUUUCUCUCCCUCCACCCAUCUCUCAAAAAUAGGAGAAAACGCAAAGCUCUGCUAUUGCUGCUAUUAAAAUCCCCCUUUCACUCUUUCUUUCUCCCUCGUUCUCUGACAAAUUAGAGAAAAUACUACCUCUGCUACCACUGCAAUUUUGUCUGUUUUGUCUCUUUCUUCCUCUCCCUCUCACAUUCGCUCUCGCCCUCCCUGUCCAUCUAUUUUGUGCUUGGGGCUGAUCAGUUCAGAAGGAGCUAUGUUGGCGGGGCUUUUACCCCAGAUGCCCCCACUUUUGACCCUUCUAGGGGUGGUGCUGGUGCUGUUUCUGCUCUACCUGCUGUCUUCCACCCCUGGGCAGGGAAAAGACCCACCGGGACCCAGACCCCUGCCCCUCCUUGGGAACCUGCUCCACCUGGACCUCAAACGGCUCCACCUGUCUCUCUGUGAGCUGUCUAAGAAAUAUGGAUCUGUGUUCACCGUACACUUGGGGCCCAAGAAGGUGGUCGUCCUGGCAGGCUACAAGACGGUCAAACAGGCGCUGGUCAACUACGCUGAAGAGUUUGGAGACCGGGAAAUUGCACCCGUGUUUACAGAUGCUCUUAAAGGGCAUGGUGUGCUGUUCUCCAACGGAAACUCCUGGAAAGAGAUGAGACGCUUCUCCCUCACCAACCUGCGCGACUUCGGAAUGGGCAAGAGAGGAAGUGAGGAGAAGAUCAUCGAGGAAUCGCGAUACCUCAUCGAGGUGUUUGAGAAUUUUAAGGGCAAGCCAUUCAACACCAGUCAGCCAGUCAAUUACUCCGUCUCCAACAUAAUCUGCGCCAUCAUGUAUGGCUGCCGCUUUGACUACGCUGACCCCGCCUUUCAAAAAAUGGUCGACGAGGCAAAUGAAAAUAUUCAACUUCUUGGUUCAGCUGAAAUACGGUUGUACAACAUGUUCCCCUGGCUGCGCUGGUGCUGUGGCUGGUGGCUGGUAAAUCGGACCCAGAUUUUGAAGAACUUCGAAAAGAACAUUGAUGAGAUUACGGGGUUGGUGAAGGGACUGAAGAACACACUCAACUCCCAGGACCUCAGGGGAUUUGUGGACUCCUUCCUGGUUCGGCAGCAGGAGGUAUGGAGAGGGAGAACCGGACCGGGGACUCAACUGAACCAUACUCUGCGUCGUUCUUAACCACAAGCCUUCAUUGCAUUACAGCAGAUUCACUCAGCAGAGAGCACUUAUCCAGAGUCAUUUACACAGUUAUCGCAUUCAGAAUUUGUGAUUGAGAAAAGUCAAAAUCUACUGUUGCAGCGGUAACUUAAAAUAUAUUCUUUAUAUAAGCGUUUGUGUGUGUGCGCGCGCACGCGGGUGUGUCAGGAAUAUAUCCAUGACGAGCUCUGCAAUUCAAAUGGCCUGUGGUGGUAAAA